CGAGGCGGCGGUGGCGGCAGCGGUUAGGUUGGCUGAUCCGCCCACUACGUUAACAAAGGCGGUCCUGUGCGAGGUUGAGCCGGGCAUCGCGCGGCGCCCUCCGGUUUGGUCGGGAAGAGGCUCGAGGUGGACGCGAUGCCGGGCGCGCGGAGACGAGGAGCGGGCAACUCGCUCGCCGGCUUCCGAAGGGGCGCCGGGGACGGCGAGGCGAGCGCGGCGGCGGCGGUGCCUCAGGGCCUGAUCCGAGCGGCCCGAAAGAGCGGCCAGUUAAACCUGUCCGGCCGGGAGCUGACAGAAAUACCUCUACAUGUAUGGCGGAUAAAUUUGGAUACUCCAGAAGAAGCCAACCAAAACCUCUCUUUUGGUGCUGCUGAUCGGUGGUGGGAACAAACUGAUCUCAUCAAACUAAACUUGUCUUCCAACAAACUUCAAUGUCUUUCUGAUGAUGUCAAACUCUUGCCUGCGCUCACUGUGCUGGAUGUGCAUGAUAAUCAACUGAAAUCUCUUCCUUCUGCUAUAGGAUUAUUGGAAAAUCUUCAGAAACUGAAUGUGAGUCAUAACAAACUGAAAGAUAUACCAGGGGAGCUAACCCAGCUAAAGCAUUUGAGGAGUCUGCUGCUGCAGCACAAUGAAUUAUGCCACUUGCCUGCUGAAUUUGGACAGCUUAUCAGUUUGGAAGAGUUAGAUAUUUCCAACAACCAUAUUUCUAGUAUCCCUACAAGUUUUGCUUUUCUUACAAACUUGGUGCGUCUCAAUUUGGCUUGCAAUCAGUUGAGGAGUCUACCAGCAGAAAUCAGUGCAAUGAAAAGUUUAAAACAACUUGAUUGUACUAAAAACUACUUAGAAAAAAUACCUCCUGAAUUAGCCAAUAUGGUUUCAUUAGAACAACUUUAUCUAAGGAGAAACAAAUUGUGCUACCUGCCAGACUUUCCUUCAUGUAUAUCUUUAAAGGAAUUGCAUGUUGGUGAAAAUCAGAUUGAAGUGUUAAGAGCUGAACAUCUAAAGCAUCUGAAUUCCUUGUGUGUAUUGGAACUUAGAGAUAAUAAGUUGAAAUCAUUGCCUGAUGAAAUUACUAUACUACAGGGAUUAGAGCGACUAGACCUAUCCAACAAUGAUAUCAGUAGCCUUCCUUGUAAGCUAGGAAACCUUUCUCAGCUGAACUUCCUAGCAUUGGAAGGAAACCCUUUAAGAACAAUUCGAAGGGAUGUUCUACAAAAAGGAACACAAGAAAUUCUGAAAUACCUUAGAAGUAAAAUACAAGAUGAUGAUUUAAUUAGUCCAAAUGGAGAAUUGCCUGUGACUGCAAUGACCCUGCCAAGUCAAUCAAAAAUUAAUUUGCAUGCUAUAACUGUGUUAAAAACAUUGGAUUAUAGUGACAAACAGGCAGCUGUAAUUCCGGAUGAAGUGUUGAAUGCAGUUGAAAGCAGUCCUGUCACUACCGUAAAUUUCAGCAAGAAUAAUCUGACUGAAAUUCCAAUGAGAAUUGUGGAACUAAAAGAAUCUGUCUGUGAUAUCAAUUUUGGUUUCAAUAAGCUCUCUUCCAUUUCUCUGGAGCUCUGUAUGCUUCACAGACUGACACAUUUGGAUAUCAGAAAUAACAGCUUGACAUAUCUGCCUGAUGAAAUGGAAGCACUGGCAAAACUGCAAAUAAUAAAUCUAGCUUUUAACAGAUUUAAAAUAUUUCCAAAUGUCUUGUAUCGCAUCCCAACCCUUGAAGCAAUCCUCCUUGGUAAUAAUCAGGUUGGAUCUCUGGACCCUUUACAAAUAAAGACGUUGGACAGGCUUGGUACCCUAGAUCUUCAAAAUAAUGAUCUGUUGCAAGUACCACCAGAACUUGGGAACUGUGACAAUCUUCGGACACUUUUGCUAGAAGGCAAUCCUUUCCGGACUCCUCGAGCAGCCAUUCUUGCCAAGGGUACAGCUGCUGUGCUUGAAUACCUAAGAAGCAGGAUUCCUACAUGAUUCAUUUUGCUGGUUUGAACUGAAAUUUGUGCAAGAUCUUGCUCUCCGAAGAAUGAAACCUGCAGUCCUUGUGCUGGAGAAUUGUGUGUUUGGAUUAGCAUAAACCCAGAGCACACAUGCUGGCAUUACUCUUAUGGUCUGAUUCACUUAGGACUUUUUCCUUAUAUGCAAGCAGUUCAACUACCCUUGGGUACAUACUUGUAUGACAUAAGUGUGGAUCUGUGGUACAUGGAUCUGUUCAGCAGCGAUUCUUGUGAUUACGACAAGAAUUGCUUCUGCAGAAUUGCUCCUGGAGAAUUGCUUCUGCAGUCAAGGAAUUGUUGGUGGCUGUAUCCAUGUAUGCCCUGAUUCUACACACACCCUGCCUCUAUAUGAAGCAAUGUUGUAUUUUAGCUGAAGUUGGACACAUGUACUGAUCUGGAUUUGUGUUGAAACUCCACCAUCAUCAUGUUCAAAAUUACAUUUUCUGUUUUCUUAUUUUGAGAGCCCCAAAAAUGUUUUUGUCAAAGAAUAAAAAAUGGGGAUUUUAAUCUGCACAGUAUAGUGCAUUUGGUUCAUGUUUUGGCCUAUUACAGGAGAAGUAUAAUAAAGGCUUCUUAAUUGCCAUUGAUGUAUUUGUAACCAUAUUCAAUAUAUAUUGAAAAAUCAGGCUCAAACACACAUAGAAGAUGUUGAUCCGUUUUAGAAAAUCAGCCACAUGGCUUAAUAUGCUUUACAUAAAAGUGACUGUUAUAAAUGCCAGAAGUCCUUGUAGAAGAACUGUGCCAUGCAAUUGGGGUAAAAAACACACCCAAUUGCAUAAGAAUACCCUAAUACUGGGGAAGCUAACAUUUUGGGGCUAGAAUUUUGUGAAUACCAUAAGCACUUUUACAAAAUGGCUGUCUUUGGUGCGGACAGUCACAGAAAAUUCAUUUCACACAAACUGGUAAGGUUAAAAGGACAGUAACCAAAACACAAAAUCACUCAUUUGAACUGUACGUUUUCUGUUUCAAUAUCUAUUGAACAGAAAGCAAACCAAAUACUUUCCUCAAGUGGGAAGUUCAGCCCCACAUCAAUUUCUCCCAAAUUCACAUCCCAUCCAGUAAACACACAUGGUUGUAUGUAAUAGUGUAAUACCGCUAGCACAAAUGAAGUUAACCGUGGCCGAAACCCAAAUUCUGAACCAUGGUAAGAGGGAGAAUCAAACUUCAGUUCCCCUUGCGUAGCCACUAGCACGUCUUAGGUUUCCAAAGUGAUCUGCUAACGGUUGUGCAAGAGGACAAGGCAGCAGAGUUCUGCUAGCACAGCAAUUGCCCGCUCCCUGUCCUGGUCAGGCAACUGCUCUCCCUCCCUGCCAGCCUGCCCUCGGGUUGCUCUUUCCAUCCCUGCCUGCUUCUUUUCUUUCUCUUUGGUCCGAGGCAUGCUAUGAAGCACAGCACUAGCCAAGGCUCCAGCUGCUUGCCACUUUUCUUUUCCCAGAGGCCCCACAGAGGCAUGCUGAGGAAAAUUAGGCGGGGGAGGGGGGCAGCUGGAGGCUUGGCCAGCGCUGUGCUUUACAGCACAAACAGCUCCCCUUAAGUAAAACAAAACAUGGAUUGCAAGGGGCAGGAAAGUCUCACAGGUGCCUCUGCAGGGCUCUGCAAGUUCCUUGAUGGGGAUAACCCACCUUAGUUCAAAAUAGAUCUUAUAUAUUGGCGCACAUGGCAGUUUUCACGUUUCUUUGUAAAAUACACGAUAUUAGCAGUUGGGAAACAGAAGGCACGUGACUGUACCAGAGUAUUUUAUGAGAACCUAUUCUGUGAGAACUGGUCCUAAUCCUUUAAUUGGAAACUUGCCUCUGACACUUCUUGCACAUCUUUAUGUGGUCUUAUCUUCAUUGAGUGUACUAGGUGCACUCUUUGGACUGUGUUGCCCUGCUGGGCUUGCUUUGCGACCAUUUUAUAUUGGCGUAAAAUCAUAACCUUAGAAAGGGGUUAUUUCUGCCAAAGCUGCAGCCCUAAAAGUACUUUAAUGUUCUAUUAAUCAAUGGGAUUUACUACUGAGUCAACAGUGCGAAGACAGAUUUUAAAUCUAGCAUAAUUCUGUAUGUAUCGUAACAAACAGAAGCCCCAGUCUGUUGGUUGAUACAUACAGUAGCACGUAAGUAACUUACUGCCCACAAGGAUAUUCCCUUUUCCCCCAAAUCAGCUGAUAAGAUUGCAGAAGCCAUAAUCCCUUUCCAAAAGAAAAUAAGAGAUUGUUCUCAAGAGUAGUGGGUUGAGAUGAUAGUAGUAACAAUUCUUGAAUGUUUGAUCUUACAGCAUAAUGAAAACGUUUGGAUUUUCUAAAUGUAGUAUGGGUGAAAUUCUUUCAGACUAGAAGAUAUUUCUAGCCAUUGGCACCAAUCCAGCAUAGUGCACAGUAUGCUUACACGUGUUUGACAGUGGGGAAUUUCUCAAACAAUUUAUGCAGGUUACUUGCAUGGUGACCACAUUAGACACACGCUACUCCAGAUCAGUUGUGCCAAAUGCUUCUAGUCUACAGUAUAAGCAGGAUCCAGGUGAAGAAUAGCAACCAGUUGCCUAAACCAGCAUUAACAACUCCUCUGGGAUAGCCAAUACUACUUUGGUGGCUAUAAAUGCUGAAAAGCUCACAACUAGAAGUGUCCUUUUAUUUUACUUUGCAGGAUGCAGUCCCACUUGAGGCUUUUCAUGUCCUUGGAAUGCUACAAAAUUAAACACACAACUUGUGAAAUGACAGAAUUCAAAUAAAACGAGGCCUGACAUUAUUCGAAACUUGCUAUCUGUGAAUUAGAAAAAAAUAAAAUCUUUGUGCUGGUGUCUUGCAAUUACAUUUUUAAAAGACGGAAUACUUACAAUAAGGUGACUUUAUUUAUACAAUAGACUUUUUAAUAUAUUAUUCAAAACACUUUUUUUAAAUACUGAAAAAGUUUGAGUACAUCAAAGCCGAAAAUGGCUCUGCUAUACGCUGCACAGCAUUAUUUUGAGUCCCUGUAUUCUUCUUAUGUACAGAAAGCAUCUGCAAAAUGCAUUCUAGACACAAUAUGCACCUUACCAGUUAGUGUCAAUACACAAAGUAAAAUGGGAAGGAUACCACCUGCAUGUGCAAAUUAAAGUUAAUUGAUUUCACUGAAUCAAUUGAUUUAAAAUAUAGCUUUAAGUACCUUUUUGCACAUAAACUGAAGCAGCUUUCAAGUUCAGUAAAUCUGUAUACUGCAAAAACAUUGAAAUACAUUCACAAUCUAUGUUCAUAAAGUAGUAAAUGAUUCUUCAUUCAGCCUUAUUUACAAUGAUACUGUAAUUAAACUGAAAAGUACAGUUUUUCAUAUAGCAAUCUUUGUAACACAUACAAAAAUGACAGUUUUGUAUAUAAUUUAAGCUCAAAAUCACAAUUGUUUCAAAAUAUUAAUUACAAUACAGCUAUCUCUAUAAUUAAACAUGUGUUUUAUAAAAUGGUAAAAUUUGUAAUAAA